UAUCAUACAAUAAUAUUAUUAUCUGAUGGUAGUGUUUGCACAUUUGGAUUCAAUAAUCAUGGUCAAUUAGGAACCGGUGAUAAGACAACUAAGAGUGAUCCAUUCAAAGUAAACAUCAACCACCAUGGUCCUAUUGUAUCGUAGAUGUGGAUUCACACAUGAACAGCAAUAUUUCAGCGACCGUUACGGCUAAUGGAGUGCUGUAUUUAUGGGGCGAAUGUCGGCAACCGAUCGGAGAUUUGCUAAAUCCUAUUUUUGUUAUGAAUUUUGGCUCAAUAUAUGAUGUGUUUGGUGUGUAUGGCAAAACACACGCAACGUAUCGCUCGUUACCAAUGAAUAUCGCCGACGACAACCACCCGGUGCUCAAUAGUAUGUCUGAAGCCUUCGACAAUACCAUAUCAUCUAAUUUCCGGUUUGUGAUCGACGGACAGCCCAUUCAUGUCAUCAAAGAGUAUUUGAUUAUACGCUGCAAACGUAUGGAACCAAUGAUACGUUUGUUAGACACCAAUCAAACCGAAGUUGUGAUUACAGACUAUUCUUACGAUGCAUUCAAGGCUUUCCUGCGAUAUCUGUAUACCAACGAUGUGUUUGUGGCGCCGGAUAUUGCGGUCGAGUUAUUAGGUUUGGCCGACAUUUACGCCGAGACAAACCUUAAACAAAAGUGUACUCGACUUUUAAGUAAUGGCAUUACCGUUGAAAACGUGUCGCUUAUAUACGGGUCGGCUGUUAACCACUCGGUGUUAGAACUUCAGGACAUUUAAUUGUCUGAAUUGAGGGCAAAGGGUGUCAUCAAAAUCACUUCCGGUGCUAAACACUUGUGUGCUCUCACAUCGGGCGGUGAUGUCUACACGUGGGGUGACAAUCAAUAUUACCAGUUGGGAACGAGAACUACUGAUCCCUCUCCGCAUCCGUUAAAACUUAACCACAAUUUUAAUAAUGAAAAAGUUGUUGACAUUGAAUGCGGUCAAUACCAUAGCCUAGUACUGACCGAUGCCGGACAUGUGUACGCCUGGGGUUAUAAUAAUAACAGUCAAUUAGGAAACGGCAAUAUUACUAAUCAAUCGACACCUAUUCAAGUGCUGGGAUGUCUCGCUGGAUGUCACGUGACAUCCGUUGUUUGCGGUGGUUAUCAUUCACUGGCCGUUACGGACACCGGGAGUGUGUUUGGAUGGGGUCGUAACGUAUGCGGAGAGUUAGGCUUAGGUCACAACGACAACCAAUUAUUUCCCGUACAAUUACCUUAUUUCAAUGAAAUCAAAGUGAUCAAGGUUUUGGCUGGAAAUGUUAAUACAGUAAUUUUAUCGGAUGAGGGUAAUGUUUAUACGUUCGGUAAUAACAAUCAUGGUCAAUUAGGAACCGGUAAUAGGCCUAAUAGAUAUAUCCCGGUUAAAUUGACUACAUUCAAUGACCAUGGUCCUAUUGUUGACAUCACUUCGCAAAUAGCAAAUGAUAUUUCAGUGGCCGUUACGGCUAAUGGAGUGCUAUAUGUUUGGGGCGAAUGUCGACAACCCGUGGGUGAUUUGAAUACACCGACCGUUGCGAAAACUUGCGGUUCAAUGUAUGACGUCUUUGGAUUGUUUGCUAAAACACAAGCAACUAAUCGCUCGAUACCACUGACUCUCGCCGACGACCACCCGGUGCUCAACAGUAUUGCCAAAGCCUUUGACGAUCGGAUAACCAGUAGUUUUAAGUUUGUGAUCGACGGCCACCCCAUACAUGUCCACAAAGAGUAUUUAACUAUACGGUGCGAACCACUCAGAGCUUUAUUAGAAAUCAAUAACUCAGAAAAUACGAUUACAGACUAUUCUUAUGAGGCAUUCAAAGCAUUUCUGCGAUAUCUGUAUACCAACGAUGUGUUUGUGGCGCCGGAUAUUGCGGUCGAGUUAUUAGGUUUGGCCGACACUUACGCCGAGACAGACCUCAAGCGAAAGUGUACUCAACUUAUAAGUAAUGGCAUAACCGUUGAAAAUGUGUCCCUAAUAUACGGGGCGGCCGUUAAACACAAGGAGCCUACGCUUCAGGAUAUAUGUUUCAAAUAUGCGGCAAAGGGUGUCAUCAAAGUCGUUGGCGGAGAGAGUCAUGUCUGUGCCCUCACAUCUGUUGGUGAAGUGUAUGUUUGGGGCGAUAAUAUGGAUAGUCAGUUGGGAACCGGAAAUACGACUUCAUCUCCAAUUCCGUUGAAAAUGUCAUUCAAUUUGAAUAAUGAAAAGAUUGUUGACAUUGAAUGUGGUUUACGGCACACUCUGGCGCUGACCGAUGCCGGACAUGUGUACGCCUGGGGUUAUAAUGGCCAUGGUCAAUUAGGAAAUGGCAAUUUUCGUAAUCAAUCGACACAUAUUAAAGUGAUAGGAGUUCUGGAGAAAUAUCACGUGACAUCCAUUGUUUGCGGUGGAUAUCAUUCACUGGCCGUUACGGACACCGGGAGUGUGUUUGGAUGGGGUUACGGUGGACAGGGUCAGUUGGGGAUGAGUAACACAACUUAUAAAUCUGAACCCGUUCAGAUUAAAUAUUUCAAAGACAUGAGAGUAGCCAAAACAACUUAUCGCUCGAUACCAAUGAAUACCGCCGACGAUAACCACCCGGUGCUCAACAGUAUGACCGACGCCUUCGACAAUACCAUAUCAUCUAAUUUCCGGUUUGUGAUCGACGGACAGCCCAUUCAUGUCAUCAAAGAGUAUUUGAUUAUUCGCUGCAAAAGUAUGGAACCAAUGAUAUGUUUGUUAGACACCAAUCAAACCGAAGUUGUGAUUACAGACUAUUCUUAUGAGGCAUUCAAGGCUUUCUUGCGAUAUCUGUAUACCAACGAUGUGUUUGUGGCGCCGGAUAUUGCGGUCGAGUUAUUGGGUUUGGCCAACACUUACGCCGAGACAGACCUCAAGCGAAAGUGUACUCAACUUAUAAGAAAUGGCAUAACCGUUGAAAACGUGGCUCUAAUAUACGGGGCGGCCGUUAAGUACAAGGAGCCGACACUUCAGGAUAUAUGUUUCAAAUAUGCGGCAUUGAGCGAUAUCGGGUACUACGACGACAAGGAAUGUAUAUUCAUUACGGGUAGAGUGAAAAAAAGUGGUGCUCAUAGUGGUCAACACUUUAUUAAUAUAUCUCCCGUAGAGAUCGAACAGCACUUAUUGACCCACCCGUCCAUUGCUAAAGUGGCUGUUUUGGCCCUUUAUUAUUAA